AGGCGGCACCUAUGGUUUCCAUGGCAAUUUUAAAGCUCCUCCUGGACCAAAACAGCUGGCAAGAUAAAGAAGACAGACUGGGCUGAGAUGUGUGUAACGUUACAGCGGAAGCUGCCGCUGGCUUCAUGAGCGCUGAAUGAUGCAUUGAACUGACUGCGAUUUGUGCUGAUGGUGAACAGCCGCUAGCCGUGAAGCUAACGGUUCAGCCCGCUUUAUUCUGCGCUGUCAGCUCGAGCGCUGCUAACAUCACGUCCGCUCCGUUAACCUCACCUUAAUUCACCGAUUAUGUAGCGCUUUGUCGUUAGAUUAUCGGUUAAAUAUGUAUUUAUAGGCAUGGCAAACAUUUAAGCACUUAAAUAUUGUAAUAAAUAAGAGCACAACGGGUCAUUCUCAAGGCCACGGAUGGAACCGGGGCGGCAGCGUGAGAAUCCCCCCGGAUCCGGGGAAACCGAGUCAGGGGAGUGGAGAGAAGAGACCACCGGGGUGGAGGCUACAGAGAGAGACGCGACCCUGAAAAACAGGAGCGGGGAUGGAGGAAACGAAGCUUUGAAGAACACGCAGGAGAACAGCGAAACGGCAGCGAAAGAAAAGGAUGAGUAUGAGGAAGAUGAAGAGCAAUAUGAGGAAGAGCUGGACCCCAGGAUUCAGGAGGAGCUGGAACACUUGAACCAGGCCAGUGAUGAGAUCAACAGACUGGAACUACAGCUGGAUGAGGCGAGAUCCAGCUACAGGAGGAUUCUGACAGACUCUGCACGGAAACUCAAUGCUCAGGGCUCUCAGCUGGGAGCCUGCAUCGAGAAAGCCAGGCCAUACUAUGAAGCCCGUAGACUGGCUAAAGAGGCUCAACAGGAGACCCAGAAGGCGGCGCUGAGGUACGAGCGAGCCGUCUCCAUGCACACGGCGGCCAGAGAGAUGGUUUAUGUAGCUGAGCAAGGUUUAUUGGCUGACAGGAACACAUUGGAUCCUACCUGGCAGGAGAUGCUAAACCACGCCACGGCCAAGGUGAAUGAAGCUGAAGAGGAGCGCUUGAGGAGCGAGAGGGAGCACCAGCGCGUCACUCAGAACUGUCAGGAGGCGGAGGCGCGUGUGCAGACCCUGCAAAAAGCUCUCAAGAGGGUCAUUAUCAAGUCCAAGCCUUACUUUGAGCUCAAGGCUCAGUUCAACCACAUCUUAGAGGAGCACAAGUCCAAAGUCGUCCAGUUGGAGGUACGGGUGGCAAAGGUGAAGACCCGAUAUUCCAUCGCCCUCCGCAACCUCGAGCAAAUCAGCGAGCAGAUCCACGCGCAACGGGGCCGCAUCCGUGCCGCCAGAGAGCGCAACAGAACCCGUGGGGGGCGGAGCUCUCCCAUCGGGGCGGAGUCCGAAGGCGUUAUCCAGGCAGGGGCGUAUGGGGGUGUGGUGGCCAAUCCUUUAAUGGAUAACGAUUGGGCAGAUCAAGAGAAGACCAGGCAGUGGGUGGAGAAACACAGGGAGGCAGGGUGGGGCCAGAGAGAGCGGACAGAGAGGGCGGGGUCAGACUCCAUGUCCGUCAUCAGCCUGCAGACCAUCGCCUCCGACCUGGAGAAGUUCGAUUCUGUGGAGCACCUGGGCGACCUGAGUGACGUCGGGAGUAUUAUAGGAGAGGAGAGAGAUGCGGAGAGCGAGAGAGGAUUUAAGGCUGAAGAUAGAAAGAUAGUAACGAGAGAGGCGGCGAACAUCUCGAGGCAGGACAGAGGCAGUGACGCGGAGAAAGAAGCCUCAGGAACAGACAGACAGCAGAGGGAUAAAGAGAGAGAGAGCUUUGUGAAGCAGCACCACAGAAGUGUUAGUUUGUGAGAAAACAAAGAGAAAUUCGAGUUGUUUGGUAAUCCACCCCAGUCCUGGAGAGCUAAUCCUUGCCCGCGGGCUUCAACGCGAGCCUCUCGACUGACUACAAAUCAAAAAGACCUUCAACAACAACAGUUACUUUAAGGUGAAGUGUGUAAUUUCUGCGCCACGAGAUGGAAUUCUGAAUAUAACGGCCAAACACUCUCGCCAUCGGUUAGCCCCGCCCCCAAACUCAUGUCAUUGGUAGAGCCAAUUUUGCUUCGUCAGACUGGUAAACGCCACAAUGUUGACACCUUUUUUUUAUUCAAAUCAAGGUGGAGUGUAGUUGGAAGAUCUCAGAUUUGUGUAUUUAGCUUCGAAAAAAUUACACACUUCAUCCUUAACGCCAUAGUUACUGCUUCUUUAGGAGUCACGGAUGGUGACUAAGAUUCCGAAGUGAUUUUGAGAUGUAAGCAAUAGAGUAAUCGAGAGUUUAUUAAUACCGUUACACUGAUUGACGUGGCAUUAUUGUAAUACUGCACUAUUGCAGAGGGGUCUGAAUGUUCUCUGCAAAUUAAUGAAUAACAAUGAGAUGGGGGGGGUUGGUUUCAGUCGGUCAGCUGUGAUUUAUAGAUCUCGCUCUCUGAUCAUUGUGCUAUCAGCUCGGUCAAGCUGGUAAAAAAAGAAAAUGAUUUUAAGAAAGGAAUCUAAAAACAUGAACUAAAAAAAAAAACUCAAAGCUGCUUGUAUGAGAUCAAGUGCAUUAAGAAUUUCUUCUGUGGUGUACUUGUGAAACCUGCUUAUGUGCGUGAAUUCAGAGCCAUUCAGACUAACUGGCAUUUUUUUUCUUGUAGUACUAAUAUUUCUGUCGAUGAUUCCCACCUCCAGAUUCCCUCAGCCGGAUAUCUGGAAUAAUGUUUUGGUUUAGAUGUAGACUGUACAUCAUGGAUAUUCUUGUGAGGUGUUUACCAUAUGACAUCUUUAAUAAUAUUAUUUUUUAAUGGGUGUUUUCACAUUUGGUCAAUUUCAGGGGUCUGAGAGCUGUUUGAGAGUUUUGGCUUAUAUGUAAUGCAUAAAAAUCAAUAUUGGACAUUUUUAAGCAAACCAAAUUGAGGUUGUUUGGGUGCAUGAACUACUUUAGUUUCUUUUUAAGCAUGUUUAUGCUUUGUGAAUACAAAUUUAUAUAGUCAAUGUUGGCACACAGUGGUACUGUGGUGAUAAGCUGCUUAUUUUUUGUGGAAAAAAAACCCCCAAAUCAAAUACACAGAAUAGGAGCAAUGUCAUAGUUUCAUGUGAAAAUGAGAGCUUGUGGGAAUAACUAGGUUGCCUUCUAAUGUUGUGUCAAAGAAAUGAACAUUUAUACAUUUGACAGAUGCUUUUGUCCAAAGCAAACCAAAUGCAUUCAAGAUAUACAUUUUUUUCAAUAUGUGUGAUCCCUGGGACUUUUCCACUGUUAAACGUCCAAUUUAUAGUUUUUUGGAGGAUACAAAUGCAAUAUAAUAUACAUAACUAUGUCUUCAGAGGUGUAUAAAGACCUUACAUUAUAAAGCGUUUUAUAUUACCUCAGAAUGAGCUAUUUCUAUCUACAUGCACCCGUGGGUCCCCUUACAUGGAAUCCGCCAUGUUGUUUCUACAGUAGCCCUAAAUGGACAAACUGCUCCACACAGCGUGUUUCGUUAAUACAUUAUCUUAUUCGACAAAGAAGCGAAAACGCGACGGCUUAGUUCUGUGAAAGGAAGGAAGGGGUGGAGUGAGCCGUUGGUUGCAACUCACAACCUCACCGCUAGAUGCUGCUAAAUUUCAUACACUGGCCCUUUAACCCAAUGGGUAUUGUUUCUAAUAGUAUGAGAGAAUACAAUUAUAUUGUAGUGGUCUUGGUUACAAGGAACAAUAGUAUGCAUGAUAAGUGAACAGGUAAAAUCUGGAUUCACUUUCUCAGUUUGUAACUCAAGUGUGAAAACACCCAAUGAUAUUCUUUAGCUGUACAUAAAUCAUCCGGGUACGAGUUAAUGAGGGUUUUGUCUCACCUGAGAAAUGUUUACAAGUGUGUCUAUCCUGCUGGAUUUAUAAAAUAACACGUUAAACAUUGAGAAACUGAAUGAUACCGAAGUGUGCUCGAUGAUAUUUUGUUUUGCACACAUACUGUACACUAUAGAUUUGUGUAAAAUGCUAGCUGUUUGAACAAACGUGCUGUUGGCAGUACAGUAUUGUUUCCAAGUUUACAUCAUACUCUUCAUUGCCAGUUUCUUUUAUUGUUGUAGCUUUGUUUACCACAAACCCUGUAAAUUCAUCCUGUAUUCACCGUCCCCUCUUCUGUACAGAUUUCAUCUCAGAAUGUCCUCAUAGUAAAUAGAAGAUGCUCUAUAGAGUUAUUCCAGUAUGCUGCUGUUCCAUGCAUUAGGUCACAUGAAAUCUAUAUAUAUACUAGCUGAUGUAUGAUAAAUACAAAUAACCCUUACGUGACUGAUAAGGUAUUCUUUAAAUGUUAAUUUAUUGCACAGUUAGAGAUAUUAAAACUUGAAUUUA